GUUCAGGUGGUAAUUUACAUAAAUAUUUCCCAUGAUGCAUCGCUUCGGAAGGGACAAAUUUUCAUUGGCCCGCCGAACUCGCUUACUCUGAACGAAACGUCUAGAGAUUGCAAAGUCAAAGGUCACGAUCUGCUAAUUUCAUUGGUCGAUGAUUACAUCAUAUAGCAUCAAAAUGGCGGACGAUUACUCGAACAAAAUUUCAACAAAUUCUGAUAAAACUAGCGUCAAUCUUGACAAAAUGACAGUUUCUCAGCUUAAGGACUACCUUAAACAAAGAGAGGUUUCAACAUCUGACUAUCGGAGAGAUAUGCUCGUCGGACUUGCGAAAUUGGCGCAUGAAAUCCAACUUGAAAAAAAUCCGGAAAUAAAUGAGGAAACAUUUUCAACUGAAUCGAGGAGAACAGUUAAUAUUGAUGGAAAAACAAUCACUUUUGAAGAUCCCGAACAAAUAAAAAAUUGGAAUAUUGAUCUCAAAACCGUACCGGACAUUGAACUCUCCCACUGUUUCCACUAUCUUCAUACUGUUUGUGGAUGGAAUGCUGGAAGAUUGGCAAAUUAUACCAAAGACAAUGGGUUCAAACUUUUCAAAGAUCGACAUAUUUCAGCAGUUAAAGUCAAAUCAUUGAGUCAUGAGCAUAUGUAUGUGCAGGCCGAAUGUGUUAGACAAACAUCACUAAGUGAAAAUCCGUACAAAUUAUUUGUACUUUUAGAGAAGUCGGGCAUAAUCAAGUCAGCUGGGUGUCAGUGUGUUGCUGGAGAUGGAAGCUGUAAACAUGUUGCGGCCCUGCUGUUUUCCUUGCAUGAUUUCAUCUCUCGAAAUGAGGACCGUAAUACUGAAGUCUGCACUGAUGUGCCAUGUUCCUGGACAGUGCCGAGGAAACGCAGCAAACCAGAGUAUUGGGACGAUAUCGAUAUUUGUGCUGAUGUAGAAAAACCAUCUAAAAAACCAACAUGUGACAGUUAUACACCAUUUCCACCCCUCAGCCCUGCCGCGAAAGAUGCAAUUGAAAAAGAUUUCAUUGCUUUGAUUAAAAACACUGACUCAUGUAUUGCCAUAGAUUAUAAUGAUAGUGAGAGUGACUCUGACUGUCAGGCUCCCAAAAGUUUGUUCGAAAUUGUGGAGUGUAUUGAUAAACCACGCAGUGCAGAUGCUAUUAUGGAGGCAUUCCAUGGAGAGACAACAAAUGAUGUUAUCAAAGCUGUUUAUAAUCUUACAAUCUCUCAGUCAGAGUCAGAUGACUGGUAUAAGUAUCGCCAUGGAAGGAUAACCGCCUCAAUAGCCAAAAAAAGCAGCUUGUGCAACAGAGCAAACACUCUCAAACCCUGA